GCAGGGCGCAGGCGAACGACAAAAGUAGAAUCACUCGCAGCCAGCAAUAAGUGCAGAAAAUAUAUAAAAGAAUCGGGGGAAUUCAAAUCGAAAAUUCGCGAGUACCAUUGUUAUACCGAAAAAGUGUAUUGCAAUAAAACGUGCUAUAAAUAUUAAACAAAACAAAUUGUUUAAUAAUUGUACAAUUAAAGUUUUAGCAAGCGCAAGAAAAAACUAACGACAGAACAAAAUGAGUACUGGUGGCAUGGGAGAGAAAAGAAAAUUGUCUACAUCCGGCGAUUCGCUUUAUCAAAUAUUAGGACUUCCUAAAACAGCCACGGCUGAUGACAUUAAGAAGACUUACAGAAAAUUAGCACUGAAAUACCAUCCAGAUAAAAAUCCAAAUAACACCGAAGCCGCCGAUAAGUUCAAGGAAGUAAAUCGAGCUCAUUCCAUAUUGAGCGAUCAGACGAAACGUAAUAUUUACGAUAAUUAUGGUUCAUUAGGUCUAUACAUUGCCGAGCAAUUUGGCGAGGAGAAUGUAAAUGCCUACUUUGUGGUGACAUCGCCAGCGGUGAAGGCGCUUGUUAUUUGCUGCACUAUUUUGACUGGCUGUUGCUGUUGCUGCUGCUGUUGUUGCUGCUGCAACUUCUGCUGUGGCAAAUUUAAGCCACCAGCGAACGAGUCACAUGAUCAAUAUGCACAUUUGAAUCGUGGCGAAGGGGAUAGAGAGCCUAGUGAUAAUUCAACAAAUAGGAUACAGACCACAGCGCAUAAUGAGGACGCCGAUUUGGAUGAUAUUAACUUGGGUGCCGGAACCAAUACCCAGCAACCAGGUCUUGGUGGCGCCGGUGGACAACCAGCACCAGUUUUCGCGAUGCCACCACCAAACCAAUCAACCGCCACUGGCGUGAAUCCAUUUACGGGCGCACCAGUGGCUGCUGCUACAGAGAAUACAUCGCUCAAUGCUACCGAACAGCCGACAUAUACGCCAGAUAUGGUUAACCAAAAAUAUUAGGCGCAUCCAACAACAAUAUCAAAAAUCAGUUACAAUAGCGCGAAUCAAAGGCAAAUAAAUUACUUCAUAACAGCGACGCCUCGUCCAUCAACUCCACAUAUUUAACAUACAUAUCGUUAGCUUAGGGUGAAAAGUUGCUAAGUCCAUCUUUUAUGAAACCCUACAUUUCGAUACAGAAAACAAGGGAAAUUAUUCCAGAAGAGAGAGAAUUUCCAAAAGACCGAAUUAAUUAUUUUAGUUCUGUUCACUUCUAUUAAAACAAUACUUCCCUAGUCCAUAGAAAGAAAGAAAAUCCGAUAAAUUAAAAUAGUAGCCAAAAUUUUGAUUAACGUCUGAUUUUGAUUUUUGGUCUGCUCCUUCGUAUGUUCGUUAUGUUUUGCUUUGAAAACGAAAAAAUGAUUGUAUCGAAGUUUUGCAAAAUAUUUGAAGAAGAUGAGUUUAAGAAGUUUUUCUUCUUUUCUGUAAAGUUUGAAAAAAAAAACUGGAGCUAACAAAUUUUGACUCUAAGCUGACUAUAUAUGUAUUAAAACAAUAUCAGCAAAAUGCAUAAAAAACACACAGCUGCAGCAACAACAACAACAACAACAACAAAGAUAAAUUAAAAUAAAACAUACACAUAAACAUACAUACAUACUUUACACUUUAUUUAACAUGUGUAUACCUUGAAUGUAUUUAUGUGAUUUGCAAACAAACUUCCUUUCUUUUUCGCUAUUUGUUUUUAGUUUUUAAAGUAUGUACUACAUAAAAAGAAGAAAAUAUUGUGCUAUAAAUAAAAAAAAUUAGAAUUAGUCAUUUAGGUUUAUUAUUGAGGCGAUAAAAAGCAAAAAAAAUUUUGAGGUAGCAGACAAAAUGCAUGGAAGGGCAUGUAAGUUUGAAAAAUUAAUUGCUACUGAUUUGAUCGAAGCUUCCGAAAUAGCACGAUUUU